AAACGUGACCAGGAAACGCGAAUAGAUACUUGACUGCAAGCAAUAAAUCUGACGCUUUCUAUCAUUUCACCCAUCCAACGUUUUCGCAAACGUACACAAUGGAUAAAACAUCUGUUUUUUUAACUUCCGGAAGUUAGCAAGAUUAACAUCACUGACUCAUCAGUAAGGCGUGAUACUGAUUUAUUUUACUUAAUCAGCAUCUUUCAGCUGGGAUUAACUAUGGUGGAUCUCCGAGAGAGGUUUCUUUUAUGCUGUCAGAACACGUUCUCUUGUUUCAGAGACCCAGAGACUAACACCUCACUUGCCACGAAAAAACGGGACAUUGUUGUGAUUAAAAAUGUUCACACAGAGCCCCCACCCAGGGUCCUUCCACCGAAACCCUGCUCAGUUUACAUUGCUCUGUACGACUACACGGCUCGCACGGAGGAAGAUUUAAGUUUUCACACAGGUGAUAAACUUAAGCCACUGACUAAAAAAGAUGACUGGUGGUACGCAAGAGGAAUCACCGGGAUUUCGGCGAACAAACAGGGCUACAUCCCUGCUAAUUACGUCGCGCCUGUGGAAAGUAUCGACGCUGAACCAUGGUAUUUCCCAGAAACAAAGCGCUUGGAUGCAGAGAAACUGUUGCUGUUUGAUGACAAUCAGAAUGGAGCGUUUCUCAUUAGAAACUGUGAAAGCCAGACAGGGGAACUCUCACUCUCAGUGUUGGACAGUGGAAAGGUGAAGCAUUAUAAGAUCAAAACGUUGGAUGCUGGUGGGUACUUUGUAUCAAGGACUCGAUCUUUUUCCACUCUGAGAGAAUUAGUGGAUCACUACUCCACAUGUGAUGAUGGCCUUUGUGUGCGUCUAGGAGAACCCUGCAGAAAAACAUUGGUUCCAGAGACCCAUGGUCUUUCAUACAACACAGUGGAUCAAUGGGAGAUCCCACGUACCUCUGUAAAACUCCUGAAGAAGUUGGGAGCAGGGCAGUUUGGGGAAGUUUUUGAAGGGAUAUGGAAUGACACAACAGCUGUUGCUGUCAAAACACUCAAACACGGAACUAUGGAUCCAAAGGACUUCUUGCGAGAAGCUCAGAUUAUGAAGAGACUCCGCCACCCUAGACUGAUCCAGCUGUAUGCCGUCUGCACUAUGGAGGAGCCCAUCUACAUCAUUACAGAGCUCAUGAGCAAUGGAAGCCUCCUAGAAUAUCUCCAGAAAGACAGAGGCAGUCGUCUCCAUCUUUCUGAUCAGAUAAGUAUGGGAGCACAAGUGGCUGCUGGCAUGGCGUACCUUGAGUUGCAGAACUACAUUCACAGAGAUCUUGCUGCACGGAAUGUUCUGGUGGGAGAUAAUAAUAUGUGCAAGGUGGCUGACUUUGGCCUGGCACGUGUUUUUUUGAUGGAAAGUGAGAACAGUGAUGACAACGUUUAUGAGGCCAAAGAAGGAACCAAGUUUCCAGUGAAAUGGACUGCACCUGAGGCCAUUCAUGAGAACAAAUUUACCAUUAAAUCUGAUGUCUGGUCUUUUGGGAUUUUGCUGUAUGAAAUUUUCACAUUUGGACAAAUGCCUUACCCAACUCUGACAAACUAUCAGGUGGUAAAAAAAUUGACCACUGGCUACAGGAUGUCAUGCCCCCCUAACUGCCAAAAAUAUUUGUAUGAGAUCAUGUCCGAUUGCUGGAAGGAGGUCCCAGCGGACAGACCCACCUUUGAAACACUGCAAUGGAAACUGGAGGACUUUUUUGAAGCAGAUAUCAGCUCUUACGAUGACGCAAACCGCUACUAAAAGAAUCACACUUGAAAUGUUUUAAUUGAAAUAUAAACUAAACCAUAAAGUUGUUUUAUGGAACAAUAAUUAUGUUCCAGCAUGUAAACUACAUUAGUUAAAUCGAAUAUGUAUUCCGAAUUGUUUCUUUUAAUUUUUGACCUAAUAUAAGUUUGCUUAACUGUUUAAAGUGCACUUCAUGCUAAUGCUGUGAAACUGUGAUCAUAUAAUUACAGAUGAAUGUAAGGAAUGUAUUGUGCAGAUACUAUUGAAGAGUCACAUAUGGAAACUAGAAGUGCAGCCUGAUUAACCUGCUUUAAGCAGAUUAAAUAAUGAGUCACACUUCAUCUCCGAAUGACAGCUGACCUACAGUAGACCUAGAGACUGAACUGAGAUUUGAAGCUUUGAAACUAUAUUAUCAGAUCAAUCUGAUACACAGCAAAAUCGCCAGUGUUAAAAAAGGUCAAAUUAACACUCACAGUGUUUAUAUAAUCCACACUUUGAUUAUAUAUACACUGUGCGUGUUAAUUUGACCUUUUUUAACACUGGCGAUUUUACUGUAUAAAGCUUUAUUUACUAUUUUACUCAUUUUACUAAUUACAGAUUUCAAAAAUAAAAAAAUUUUACUGUAAAAAGAAAAGAAAAAGCAAGUGUAUUUUAAGCAUAAACAAGUGCAUAUAUAUUUUUUGCUGUGAUAACUGUGCAGAUUCUGAUGUAAAAUAUAUUUAAACCGCUAAACUAUGUAAAUGUAAAAAUGUAUUUUAAAACCUUGUGGCCCGGUUUCACAGACACAGUUUAGCUUAAACCAGGACUAUGCAUUUAUUGAAUAUAGAUAUUUAUGUCACUUUUAUAAAAAUGCCUUAGAAGAAAACAUUACUGUGUGCAUCUCGAAACAAAACAAUUGCACAGAUAUAUUUUAAGACAUUUCUGGGCAAGUUAUAUUCAGUUAACACGGGUCACACAUUCAUUUUUGUCUGGGACUAGCCCUAAGCCUUGUCUGUGAAACUGGGCCUGUAUGUAAAAUGCACUGUUUAAAGUGACAGGUUGUCCAAAUAUUAAAAAUUCUGUAGUUAUUUACAAACACAAAAGAUAUUUUGAAGAUUAACAGAACAAUGUCGGAACCCAUUCACUUCAAUUGUAUAGAAACAAAACCAAUAGGCACUGCCGUUGUUCAGUUACCAAUUUUUUUCUAAAUAUCUUUUGUGUUCUGCAGAAGAAAGUAAUGCAGGUGUGAAAUGACAAGAGGGUGAGUAAAUGAUGACAGAAUUUUCAUUUUUGGAUGAACUAUUAGUUUGAAACCGUGUCUACACCGGACGCGACGCGACACACAGCUUGUUCUAAUGGCAUUGCCGCACCGCGCCAUGUCCGGUGUGGACAAAAUUUUAAAUGAUAAUGGGUUCUAAUGCGUUCUAUUGUCUCUUGUCAAGUCGCAAUCGCGCCGCAUUCGGUGUAGACAUGGUGUAAGGGUUUAUUCCUCCCCUAGGUUAAAUGAAUUGUACAAGUUUCCCCUUCAUUUAUAAAACUUUGUAUUUCAGUUUCUUUUAAGACCUUAAUAUGUUAAAGAAAUAGUAUGGAAUUAAUGCUAAUGUAUUGUACCAGGCAAUAUUAUUAACACUUGUUGUUGAAACUGCCUUCGGAUGUGAUGAUCAAUAUGUUUUAGCUGGCAACUAUUUUGUUGCAGCGUGUAGCUUCUGAUUUCUUAAAAGUUAAGGCUAAUACCAACAAACACCAACAAGUUGGCUGUUUUAUGUAGAAUGGACAAGUUGGUUGGCAUGUGUAUAUGCAAUGAUUGUGGAAAGUUACUUUUUCAGGGGCAAAUUAUUUACAUGCAUCAAACACAGAAAACAACUUUGCUGAGACUGUUGAAGUCACUGGAAUGACAAAUUUCACCAGUUCAUUUUUUACUGAUUAUUAAAUGUUAUUUACUGCAUCUUGCACUCUUUAUGGUGAAAAAUAUAAUUUUUUUCUUAUAUUUUGUAGAGUGUCUCCAUAAAACAUAAAUAUAUAGUUUAAUAGUUGUCGCCAGAGGUGGACGAAGUACACAACUUCCUUACUUGAGUGAAAGUACAGAUACUACUGGUCAAAUAUUACUCCACUACAAGUAAAAGUUGUAAAGACAGAUUCUUAAGUAAAAGUACAGAAGUACGUGCUUUUAAAAGUACUCAAGUAUUAAAAGUAAAUUUCCUUUAUGUCAGUUGUGCAUUGUUUUAUUGUCGUAUACCUUGUGCCUCUGAAGCAACCUACUGAAUACACAGAGUAGCUCACAGUAUCAGUUGUA